AUGUUUUACAAAGUUUUCCAUAAAGCUUCAGCUGCUCCUCAGAGCACAACCAGCUUGAACAUGGAUAGCAGACGUGAAAUUACAGUACUCACAAAAUUAGUAUCCAAGCUGCACAAUCUCUCUUUUCAAAGACUUCAAGCAUCCUUGCAUGCACAAUUACAGAAGCAGCACUGCACGUUGACUAUGGAAACAGAGGCUAUUGAUGGCUAUAUAACGUGUGACAAUGAGCUUUCACCUGAAAGGGAGCACUCCAGUAUGGCAAUUGACCUCACUUCAAGCACACCCAAUGGACAGCAUGCCUCACCAAGUCACAUGACAAGCACAAAUUCAGUAAAGCUAGAAAUGCAGAGUGAUGAAGAGUGUGACAGGAAACCCCUGAGCCGCGAAGAUGAGAUCAGGGGCCAUGAUGAGGGUAGCAGCCUAGAAGAACCCCUAAUUGAAAGCAGCGAGGUGGCAGACAACAGGAAAGUCCAGGAGCUUCAAGGCGAGGGAGGAAUCCGGCUUCCGAAUGGUAAACUGAAAUGUGACGUCUGUGGCAUGGUUUGCAUUGGGCCCAAUGUGCUUAUGGUACAUAAAAGGAGUCACACUGGUGAACGUCCCUUUCAUUGUAACCAGUGUGGAGCUUCUUUUACUCAGAAGGGCAACCUUCUGAGACACAUAAAGUUACACUCUGGAGAGAAGCCGUUCAAAUGUCCUUUCUGUAGCUAUGCCUGUAGAAGAAGGGACGCCCUCACAGGACACCUCAGGACCCACUCUGUGGGUAAACCUCACAAGUGCAACUACUGUGGACGGAGCUACAAGCAGCGCAGCUCACUGGAGGAACACAAGGAACGCUGCCACAACUAUCUGCAGAAUGUCAGCAUGGAGGCCGCCGGGCAGGCCAUGAGUCACCAUGUACCUCCUAUGGAAGAUUGUAAGGAACAAGAGCCUAUUAUGGACAACAAUAUUUCUUUGGUGCCUUUUGAGAGACCUGCUGUCAUAGAGAAGCUCACAGGGAACAUGGGAAAACGUAAAAGCUCCACUCCACAAAAGUUUGUGGGAGAAAAGAUCAUGCGAUUCAGCUACCCAGACAUUCACUUUGAUAUGAACUUAACAUAUGAGAAGGAGGCUGAGCUGAUGCAGUCUCAUAUGAUGGACCAAGCCAUCAACAAUGCAAUCACCUACCUUGGAGCUGAGGCCCUUCACCCUCUGAUGCAGCACCCGCCAAGCACAAUCGCUGAGGUGGCCCCGGUUAUAAGCUCAGCUUAUUCUCAGGUCUAUCAUCCAAAUAGGAUAGAAAGACCCAUUAGCAGGGAAACCUCCGAUAGUCAUGAAAACAACAUGGAUGGCCCUAUCUCUCUCAUCAGACCAAAGAGUCGACCCCAGGAAAGAGAGGCCUCUCCCAGCAAUAGCUGCCUAGAUUCUACUGACUCAGAAAGCAGCCAUGAUGACCACCAGUCUUACCAAGGAAACCCUGCCUUAAAUCCCAAGAGGAAACAAAGCCCAGCUUACAUGAAGGAGGAUGUCAAGGCUUUGGAUACCACCAAGGCUCCUAAGGGCUCACUGAAGGACAUCUACAAGGUCUUCAAUGGAGAAGGUGAACAGAUUAGAGCCUUCAAGUGUGAGCACUGCCGAGUCCUUUUCCUAGACCAUGUCAUGUACACCAUUCACAUGGGUUGCCAUGGCUACCGGGACCCACUGGAAUGCAACAUCUGUGGCUACAGAAGCCAGGACCGUUAUGAGUUUUCAUCACACAUUGUUCGAGGGGAGCACACAUUCCACUAG